GGCAUAUCAUGAUUAGACAUCAGACCAAAAAGGGCAAAGAAAAAUUCUCUGUCGCCGUCGCCGUGCUUCGAUGGCCGUAGCCCCGAAAGCUACUUGCUUCUUCCAGUUGAAGACGAACUCCGAACGCUAUUCGAUUCUCCGACCUCCGAAUUCCAGAAGAGUUGCAGUUCCAAUUCCAGCAUUCCGGCCGCCAAUGGCUACUCUCAGUACCGUCCCUACAGUUGGACUGUCCGAGACCUUCACUAGAUUGAGGCAAGGAGGCAAAGUAGCAUUUAUUCCAUACAUCACAGCUGGUGAUCCUGACCUUUCAACAACAGCAGAAGCACUUAAAGUGCUUGACUCAUGUGGUUCAGACAUAAUUGAACUUGGCAUGCCAUAUUCUGAUCCCUUGGCUGAUGGUCCCGUUAUACAGGCUGCUGCUACACGUGCACUAGCUAGGGGGGCUAAUUUUAAUGCCAUUAUUUCUAUGUUGAAAGAGGUGGUACCUCAGUUAUCCUGUCCAGUUGCAUUGUUUUCAUACUACAAUCCAAUACUUAGGCGUGGGAUUGAGAAGUUUAUGUCUACUGUGAAAGAUGUUGGAAUACAUGGACUUGUGGUACCUGAUGUUCCUCUUGAGGAAACUGAGAUAUUGAGAGAGGAAGCUGUCAAGAACAACAUUGAGUUGGUACUACUCACUACACCCACUACUCCAACAGAACGGAUGAAAGCCAUUGUUGAAGCUUCAGAAGGAUUCGUGUAUCUUGUGAGCUCUGUUGGUGUCACUGGUGCCCGCUCAUCUGUUAGUGAUGGGGUUCAGAUUCUUCUACAGGAAAUUAAAGAGGCAACAAGCAAACCGGUGGCUGUUGGCUUCGGAAUCUCAAAGCCUGAGCAUGUGAAGCAGGUAGCUGGAUGGGGAGCCGAUGGUGUGAUUGUCGGCAGCGCCAUGGUUAAACUGCUGGGUGAAGCGAAAUCCCCUGAAGAAGGGUUGAAAGAACUAGAAAUCUUCACCAAAUCCCUGAAAGCUGCCCUGCCUUGAUUUACAAUUCUUCCAUGCAUCAGUCUUGUGUCUCCAAUUUGAAAGUUGUAUCUCCAUUGGACCAAUAAGCAGGGCAGAAAAGAAAAAUUAAUUAAGCAUCACAUAGACUUCUCCGAUCCCCUCCAAAUGUCUUCAGUUCGUUUGGUCAGAUUGAAUUGCAGCAUUUCCCAUCGAUGCACACUGCACACAUUCUAUGCACAGGAAAAGCUACAUCACUGGUUGUACGGACUCAUGGGUCUCGGUUGGGAUGACCGACCACAGCAUAGCCAGCGCACAGAUCAUUUUAUGUUGAUCUCCUAUGUUGUCGUUUGUUAGUUUGUUUGCUCUAGAAGAGUCCUUUGAAGCUUAAACGGUAUAAAUUUUGUCUCGUGUUUCAGUACGCUCCUUCUGCAAUUUAUUUACAAUAGAAAAAUCGAUAUUGAUGAUGCCAUCGUACCAUUGCUGUGGUCGGUCUCUCGUGAUAUGCUUGUACAAAUGAAAAAUAAAAAAUUUCAAAUUAAGGCUGGGUGGUGUUAUGUAAUAUGUAUUAUAUUUUAAUUCUGUUAAUCUGAGUUAGUACAAUAUGAAAUAUCUAAAUCGAAGGCAAGGGUCGGGAGAGCAGAAGCGGGCCCUUGCGUAUAUAAAGGAAAUGGAAUCAGCGUGAAGUAUUGGAGGAAUUGGAAUUCUACUAUCUGCGACGGUUUAUGGUUCUGCUGCGCUUGAUUUCCUGAAUGAAUUCCUGAAACCCUAGGGCAAGUUCUCGAAUAGCUUCGAACAAUUGAAUUGAAUUCCAUUGCGCUUUCACUCUCCCGAUAUUCUUCUGUCUUCAUUUUCCAAUCAAGCUUUUGUAAUCUUCAAACAGCUUUAUUGAUCAUGUCAACCCCAUGGAGGGUAAAAGUGGGGAGCGGCGACUGGUAGAGAUGAUCGCCGCCGUCGCAGGGGAAAGCUCGAUCUCCUCGCGGUACUCUCUGGUACUCCAGCCCUCUCUCUCUAUACAUAUAUAUGUGUGUAUAUGUAUAUGCAUUGAAAUACAAUAAAGUAAAUGAAACUUUUCAGUUCGUCGA